AUGUCGAAUGAAACUAACCGCUCUUUUUCUUCUGGCGAGGACUCUGCCCCCGAGAGCGUCACCACCCAAUUCGGUUCUGGCAUCGUUAACGCUUCCCAGACUGUGAACAACCGGUUUGGCUCUGGUGUGGUCAAUACAACCCAGACCAUCAGCAUCCCGUUCGGAGCUGGUGGGAUCAAUGCCUCCCAGACUGUGAACAACCAUUUCGGCUCUGGUGUGGUCAAUGCAACCCAGACAAUUACCAGCUCUUUCGGUUCUGGCGCGAGCAAUAUCCCCCAGACCACCACCAAUCCAUUCGGCUCUGGAGUGAACAGUAACACCCAUGCCGCCACCAAUCCGUUCCAUUCUGGCGUGGGCAACAUCCCCCAGAAUAUUACCAACCCUUUCCGUCCUGGCCGGGCCGCUCCUCCCCAGCCCAACAAUCCUUUUGCUUCUGGUCUGAGAAAUGGCACCCCGGUCAUCCCCAACCCUUUCGUCUCUGGUUGGGGCAUUCCCUCCCAGACCAUCAACAACCCUUUCCGUCCCGCCCCCGCCGAUGAUGCCCCUCGGACUCCCAAUGGGGGACUGACCAAUGGUCACUCCCACGAGACCGACGAGGAGGCCGAGGAAGAUGAGGACCCCGAUGAAGAGGGGGCUUAG